UCCAAGUACUAAUCUAUAUUUAUCAGGUGGUUGUUUCACAACACUUUCUUGCGCCGGACACACCAGUGUGACCUUAAUGGCACCCCCGAGUCGACAGAAGGAGCUGGAAGCGCAGGUCGAUGAGCUCAGGGGUCAAGUGGAGGGGCUGACGAAGCGGAAUGCGGCCGACAAGGCGCAGAUGCAAACGGCGAUCGAAAUGGAAAAACGCCUGCGUACGCAACACAUGACGGAAGCCAGCGAAGCUCGAGCCAAAGCCGACGAGUUGCUUCAGGUCACCACGACGCUGCAGCAAGACAAGGACGAGCUCGAGAUCGCCAUCUCCGCGGCCCGUGCCAACGAGCAGCAAAUGCUGGACGCGUACAACGCGCUGGACGUCCAACUGCGGGAAACGUACGCCAUGUACCAGGAGCUCGAGGGGCACAACCACAGCCAAGCCGCGAUGAUCCAGAAACUGCAAGACCAAGUAGACCGAGCGGCCAUUGCCGAGACCACGUACCAAGCCGAGCUGACCGCGGCCGUCACCCGCGCCAACGAACUCGAAGUCCAGUGGACGCAGAACCAAUCGGCGGUGGACGACUCGACCGCGAAUUUACGCGCGGAAUUGGCCGACCGCGACGAACGCAUGAAAGCGCACAAGUUGGAGCAUCAGUCGCAGCUCCUGGAGGUAGAAGCAACGUUAGACCGCGUGCAGAGCGAGCUCGCAGCCUCGAAGGCCCACGCGGGGAGCCUCGAGAAGGAGUUGGGGGCCGUGCACCACACGACCGACCGCGACGCUGCGAGUGCCGCCAUCAAAGAACUGCAAGAGGAAGUAUUUAGGACGUCGACGGCGCUGGUGGCGCAAGGAGAGACGCUGCUCACCCUCACGGAGACACACAACAAAGUCAAGGGGGCGCUCCAAGUAGCCAAGAAGGACGUCGGGGAUGCAAGGGCGCUGCUCCUUCGGGGCAUUUCCGGACCGGAAGUCGAUGUGAGCUUGUAUCAGCACGUGCGCCUGGAAGAGCUGGUUCGACUUCGUCUCAAGGCCGAAGUGGACAUGGAAGCGGUGCUGGACGGCAACGGCGGCGGCAGUGGCGGUGGCUCGGAGGCAGAACUUCAGUCCGACUUGGGGCUUGGCAUGGGCAGUCUGGGGAAAUUGGAGCGCGAAAUGCGGCUGUUGCGCAGUCGAAACAAACGCUUGAGCGACCGCACCGUGGAUCUGGAGAGCGAGUUGUCGACGGCGGUGGCGGCGAUGGACGACGUGAAGGCGCUUAAGGAGAAGACGGCGGAAUUGGCCGGACGCCAGCGCACCGAGAAGGAGCUGCGCGCGCGGACGGACGCCGCGCUCGUGGAAGCAAACGAGAAGAUUGUCGCGCUGUCGGAGCAUAUUGAAAAGCUUAUGGUGCAUCUCAAGCACGAGGCCGCGGCGAAAGCGAAAGCGCUGGAGGCGCUCAAGGCCGUGGAAGCCGAUCGCCGCGACUUGGCCGACGCGUCGGCCACGCUGACCAAGAAGACCAACGCCAAGGAUCGAGUGAUCUCGGAGCUGCAGCAAGGCAGCAAGAUCCUCGAAGACCAGCUCCGCCUGAUGGACGAAAAGUACAUUGAACUCCGCAACAAAUUGGACUGGACCCGCACGACGUCUCAGAAAGACGUACGUCGUGGCGUCUUUGUUUCGUCGUUUGAAAGAUGUUGUCGAGGUAGACCAGACGGCUUCAACAUGAGCUCAACACACUGCGGUGCAAGUGGCAGCUAGCUAUGGACACGGGCCAACUGCCCACGGACCAAGUCACGUCGUCUGUCCUCAAACCUCUGAAAAAAAUGGUCACUUUGGGGGGCUCCGCCUCCGACUCGAAAGUCUCGUCGAACAACCGAGACAGCUCGUCCACCUCACCGGCGGCUAACCAGGGGGGCGGGGCAAAGUCCCCCCCUUCGGCAAAACGAACGACGUUCGACAUCCCGAAACUGCCGCAACCUGCCAGCGAAGAUGGCAUGCCCUGGUCCGACGCCAAGCUCGGCAUGCUGCAGAAACAACUCGACCGAAACCACCCACGAACUUAAACAAACAAGUCAGCGAACCACUCUCGUUAACGCGUGGCAAUUUUGAAACUGCUUGUCGGUGGCGUCGUCCUUCUCGGCCGUGUGGUCGAGACCGCUAAACGUUACCCACUGGCCCAUCGUCCGGACACUGCCGACAGUGUACUUGUCGUCGUCGGGGCUAGGGGGCUCGCCCAUGUUGAAUCCAAGCACACGUCGGAUGCGAAAGUAGCUGUUCUUCUGUCGAAUUAGGAGCUUCGCCAUAGCAGGAUCCUUUGUCGCAUGGGUCGAGGAUGGAUGCAGGGGGUGCUGCACGCGACGCGUGUAGCUUUCCCACACCACGUCAGUUGAGGGCGAGUAGAAGUCGUAGCCGCGGGUCCACCACCGCACGGCGCGGUAGUAAGCAAGACCUUCCCAGACAAACUCAACGUUGGCGUCGGAUGGUGCGGCGGUCAGGGCGGCUAUCGAGCCAAAGUGGAAAUCCUCAGAAUAUUGCGCGACCAAACGUGGGGUGUCGGGGUCUCGGGGCUCGGGGAUCAACACGGGGGGGUUGAACGCCACCACCGCGAUGUUCGACCGCUCAGACGUGAUGCGACCGGUGCACAGGAUCGCAUGUUGGGAUGGGUCCACUGACCACGACUUGGCGCGGACGGCUGGCGGCGCAAAGCUGAGGAUGGCCUUGGGGUUGCCGA